UCACUCCCUUUUGCGUCAGCUCGCGUCCUCCGUCUUUCCGCCAGUGCGCGUGCUCCGUGCAGGAAACAGAAUUGUAGGUGAUGAUGGCGGAAGGGGAGCAGCGUUGAGUUUCCUCUGAGUUUUUUAAUUCUAACUGUAGAACCCUCUACAACUUCGUUUCUCUCCUCCGAAUCAUCUUCUGAGACGAUGGGGAACGAAGGCAGCAUCGAGGGUGAGGGCCAGCCGGGGCAGCCCGGCUCCGCUGUUCCUUCCCCAGGGGCUCCGACUUCCAUUUCAGCACCAGCAGGCUCUGGACAGCUCAUCAAGCCCAGCAAUGGUGCGCCAACGGGAGGGACGGGGGCCGGACCCGGCCCGGGGAUUAACAGCAUCUCUGGAAAACUCCCCCAGACAGACCCUGGGUCCGGGCCCAAGGCGGGGGUCCAGACUGGGCCUGGGACGGGGGACCGCCUGGCCUCCCAGAGGGAGCAGCAGGGUCAGAGCCACGUCGCCCGCAAGAACCUCCAGGUGGACGUGGGUAGUAGCAGGACAGGACGGUCCCCAUCGGUGUCCCCCGCCGUCACCCCCACCUCACCCUACUCCGUGCCCCAGAUCGCCCCCAUGCCCAGCAGCAAGCUGUGCCCCGUCUGUAAGACGGCCGACCUGACGGGCACCACGGAGGACAACCAGCCAAACUGCAGCACCUGCACCCAGUGCCGAUCCACGGUGUGCAACCAGUGUGGCUUCAACCCCAACCCACACCUCACCGAGGUCCAGGAGUGGCUGUGUCUGAACUGCCAGAUGCAGAGAGCUUUGGGAAUGGACAUGGAGACACCUCGCUCCAAGAGCCAACAGCAGAUCCACUCUCCUUCUCACCAAGCCAAACCAGAGCCUAUCUCUGAACCUCAGCCCCAGGUCCAACCUCAGCCCCAGGUCCAACCUCAGCCCCAGGUCCAACCUCAGCCCCAGCCCCAAGCCCCACCUAAGGCACAGCCUCUAACCCAGCAUCAGGCUCCUACACAGGCCCAGCCUCCACCGGGCCCUAACAGACAGACUGGUCCAGGCCCGGGGCAGACCCCUCAGCAGCAGAGAAGUCCAGGCCCUGCUCCAGCCCAGGGCCAGGGUCAGGGUGGGGCUCGUCUCCCCCCAGGAGCUGUCCCUCUCCCAGGCAUGGCCAAAGCUCCAUCCCAGCCUGACCUCCGUGGCUCCCCUGCCCACCAGCCCCUGCCCCUCCGCCAGGACCACACCCGUAGUGCAGGGAGCUCCCCGUCCCGCCAGCCCCCACCCCCGGUCGCCGCCCCCGAGCAGACCUUUGGGAAGCUGUUUGGAGGCUUCGGUGGCUUCGGUGCCUCCCUACUCAACCAGGCCAGCACCCUCAUAUCAGAUAACCCAGUAUCUGCUCCGCCGCAGCCCCAACAGCCCCCCAAACCUGCCCCCAAACCAGCCGGACCCCAGGGACCUGCAGCUGGGGCUGGGAAACCACUAGGAACUCAUCCUGGCCAACAGGGACCCCACGCACCCCAACAGGGACCCCACGCACCCCAACAGGGACCCCACGCACCCCAACAGGGACCCCACACACCCCAACAGGGACCCCACGCACCCCAACAGGGAUCCCAUGCACCCCAACAGGGACCCCCCCAGCAGCUGGCCAAAGGUGCCUGCUGUCCCCUGUGUAAGACCAGUCUCAACGUGGGGGUGUCGGGCGAGCCGGCCAACUACAGCACCUGCACCCAGUGUCACGCCCAGGUCUGCAACCUGUGUGGAUUCAACCCUGCACCCCAUCUGGAGAAUAAAGAAUGGCUCUGCCUGAACUGCCAGACCCAGAGAGCUUUGUCUGGGGCCCUGGGAGACACUCCACUUCCUGCUCCUCAGCCAAUGGGAUCCCCACGGCACCCGGCUCCAGCCAAUCAACCACAGGCUCAGCAGAGAGGGCCCAAUCAGCAGGCAGGGCUACGGCCCACUGGUCCUCAACAGCAACAGAAACCACCGGGUGCCCAAGUAAGUGGCCCUCCUUUCUCCCCUGCCAAACAGGCAGGGCCCACCGCCCAAAGCAAGGGGCCUGCUCAACCGUCCCCUGCCAAGGCACAACCCUCCCCUGCUAAAACAGCCCAGCCUUCACCUGCUAAGGGUGAACCCUCCCCAGCCAAACAGACAGGACCCACCACCCAGAGUAAGGGUCCUGCCCAGCCCUCCCCUGCCAAGGGCGCAUCCUACCCUGCCAAACAGACAGGACCCACCACCCAGAGUAAGGGUCCUGCCCAGCCCUCCCCAGCCAAGAGCGCACCCUCCCCUGCCAAACAGACAGGACCCACCACCCAGAGUAAGGGUCCUGCCCAGCCCUCCCCAGCCAAGGGCGCACCCUCCCAUACUAAAGCUGCAUCCACCCCUAGCAAGGGUGCACCCUCUCCUGCUAAGGGUGCACCUACCCAACCUAAACCCAACCAGAGUGUACCCAACAAGCAGUCUGGUAAGCAGCAGCAGGGCCAGGAGAAAACUAAAGUCACCACCAAAACUCAAAAGGAAGCAGAAGUCAAAGCCUCGCCCAAGAAGGGAGCACCUGAGACCAUCACCACAUCAAAAGAUGAAAGGAAAAAACCUGCUGGAGACUCGCAGAAGUCAAAGCACCAUGACUAUUCCAACAAGUCCAGCACACAGAGCCUCAGUGACACGGGCUACUCGUCAGAUGGGAUAUCCGGCUCCAUGGGCGAGAUCACAGGCCAGAUCCAGGAGGAUCCGGGGUUGAAGCUGAGUGAACGAGGCCCCUCUAGCCCCUCUGAGAUAACCAAGCUGGAGAGCUCCAUGCGGCCGCUGCUAGAAUCAAAGUCCAAGGAGGCUGCAGACCAGGGCCGGGGGAGGCCUCACUCUCUGUCCAUUGGCCAGGACGAGGAGUACAACUCGGAUGGGGAAGUGUCGGACGAUCUCAGCUCAAAGCUGCGACACGACUAUGUGGAGGACAGCAGCGAGAGUGGUCUGUCCCCCUUACCGCCCAGGCAGAAGAAGUCCCAUAAAGAAAUGACAGAUGAGGAGUUCAUGAGGAGGCAGAUCAUGGAAAUGAGUGCUGACGAGGAUGAGAUGGAGGAGGAAGAAGGGUACGGCUACCAGAAAACAAAAAACAAAAAGGAUUUGGGGAAGGAGAAACGACGCAGCCUCACCCACCAUUCCAGUAGUUUUGAAGAGGACACCAAGGGCGCUGAUGGUGAAGAAGACGAAGGUAUGAUGGCUUCCCAAGGAGGCCUGCGGCGGUUUAAGACCAUCGAGCUGAACAACUCAGAGCAUGACCUCAGAGAGCCAGAGCUGGAGAUGGAGAGCCUGACUGGAUCACCAGAGGAGCGGUCGAGGGGGGAGUAUUCCUCCACCCUACCUGCCACCACUCCCAGCUACACCUCCGGCACGUCCCCUACCUCUGUGUCCUCCAUGGAGGAUGACAGUGACAGCAGCCCCAGCCGCAGGCAGAGACUGGAAGAAGCCAAGCAGCAGAGGAAGGCUCGCCACCGCUCCCAUGGCCCACUCCUGCCCACCAUUGAGGACUCAUCCGAGGAAGACGAGCUGAGGGAGGAAGAGGAGCUUUUGAGAGAACAGGAGAAGAUGAGAGAUCUGGACCUGCAGAGGAUCCGCAGCACAGCCAGGAAAACUAAGAGAGACAAAGAGGAGCUGAGGGCCCAGAGACGUAGAGAGAGAUCCAAGACUCCGCCCAGCAACCUCUCUCCCAUCGAGGAUGCAUCCCCAACAGAGGAGCUGAGACAGGCAGCAGAGAUGGAGGAGCUCCACAGAUCCUCCUGCUCAGAGUACUCCCCUUCCAUGGAUUCAGAGGCAGAGGGCUUUGAAAUGAUGGGCUCUAAGCUCUACAAGUCAGGAAGCCACCACAACCUACCCACGUUCAUGUCUCUCUACUCCCCCACUGAAAAACCUACUGCCACUUCACCGUCUGACAAGACACUGAAAAGUGCAGAGGAGGUUUAUGAAGAAAUGAUGAGGAAAGCAGAGAUGCUGCAGCAGCAGCAGCAGGGACAGCCAGGAAGGCCAGGUCAACAACAAGGAAGUCCACAAAGGCAACCGGCUGGGGCACCUCAGCCUGGCAAUAAACAACAUCUAGACACUGGAGCUUCCCUAACACCUGGCUCCAGCCCCACACAGAUCUCUGCACCUGUUUCCUUCUCCUCAAACGACCCACGUGGGUCUGGACGAGGGAUCCCCCAAGGAAUCAGUGUGACACAGCAUCUAUCGAAAGAAACCCAAGACAGGAUGAGGACGCAGACUGCCAAAAUAGGGGGUGUUAUCCCCCCGGCAGCUGGAAGACCAGGUACUCAUGGACCAGCACAGGGGGUGCCUCUUCCUGACCCUGGAGUGCCCUCCAUCGCAUCCUCCCUCUUCUCCUAUUUUAAAGGCCCCAGUCCUCCUGUUUCCCCCGCUCCCUCUCCCUCACAGAGCCCCAUUCAUUCCCCGUCCCCACGACCCACGGGGCCUGGGGUGUCCCCACGACCCACAGGGCCUGGGGUGUCCCCACGACCCACGGGGCCUGGGGUGUCCCCACGACCCACGGGGCCUGGGGUGUCCCCACAAACCACUGGGCCUGGGGGGUCCCCACGACAUUCUCAACCUGGCGCUGGUGGCCCAACCUCCCCAAUACCGCCACAACAACAUGGAGCCCAGACGCCACAAAGAUCAGCGUCGCCACGCCUUGCAAGACAACAGUCCUCCUCCGACUCACCAGUAAUGGUGAUAACUCUGGGCUCUCAGACAACCACCAGUUCUGCAAAGCCUUUAACUGUAAACUCUUCCACUUCGCCCCUGUCCUCGCCAACACAGGGUAUACGUCAGCCCAUGUAUCAGCAACAUACUCCUUCAACAAGCUCCCCAACAUCCACACAAAUGCACCCACUGCACCAAACCCCUCAACCCGGUUUACAGAGGCCCCAAACUGCAGAGAGGGUUAAUGUUGGUAUGAGCAUGACAAUGACAACCACAGCUACCACAUACAGUCGUGGGUCAAUGUCAAUGGAAAAUAUCUCUCUAUGUAGAAUCUCCAACGUUCCAGGUACCUCUAGGGUCGUGGAGCAGGGCCAAAUUCAAAUGCAUCCGACUGGACCUGCAUCUGUGGUGGACCUGAGAGCACCAAUGAAGCCUGCCCCAAUCAUCAUGACUGACCAGGGCAUGGAUCUAACGUCUCUGGCAACUGAUACAAGGAGGUAUUCUCUCGAUGCUGAACAACCACCCAGCCGUCACACAGCGGUGCAGGACCUGAAUGCAGCCAUGAACCUGAAUGCACAAGAGCAGCCGCAUGUGUCUGCGUCCACUCCAACAACAGUCACCGUGGCAGCCUCCAUGUUUAUAUCUCAGCCGAAGGGGCAUCCAGUGGUUUACGGAGAUCCCCUUCAGAACCGUAUGGAUCUGGGGCAAGGCGUGGGAUCAGCAAUGUGUCUUACACAAACUAAGACACCCAUCACUGACCCGUCCAUUCCUAAGAUUGAUGCAUGUCUGGAGGAUUUGGGCAUCCAGCAGCAGCAACUCCAGAUGCAGCAGCAGAAGCUCCUACAGCAACAACAGCUCCUCGAGCAGCAGCUCCAGCAGCACCAGCAGUCCUCUUUCGCUCGCUAUAACCUAGCAAACCAGGUCCAGCCGCUGUUGCUGAAGAAAGACCUGGUGGUGAGCCAGACAAGCAUUGGCAUUGCUCAGCCUGUGGUCAGUGUCAGUGCAAUUCCUAGAGUAUCUCCCUUACCUCCUCAGCCAGUGUCUGUGGCUCCACCUUCCUCUAACACUCUGCAUGACUAUUGUCAGGGUGGGCUUGCUUUGGAGUUGAAGAACAAGCCCACGGUCAUGAACCUGUCCACGGGAAAGCCUCAUGUCAUGAUGGUCCAACUGGAAGACCGCAAUACAUCUCAGGUGGCCACAGUGACUCAGCUGGUCAAAGAGCCUCCUCCUCCUCCCCAGGUCCUGGAUCUCACUGGUGGACAGAUGCAGAAACCAGAGAACCAAGUGGCUUGUUGUGACGUUGUUUACAAGUUACCCUUCGCUGGUAGUUGUGCAGGGAACUUAACUCAGAAACAUCUUACCACUGAACCUUCCCAAGUCACCCUUCCACCCCCUGCCCCACAUUACAGUGUAAGCCAGCAGCAGCAGCAGCAACAGCAGCAGCAGCAACAGCAGCAGCAACAGCAGCAGCAACAGCAGCAGCAACAGCAGCAGCAGCAGCAACAACAACAACAACAACAGCAGCAGCAGCAACAGCAGCAGCAGAAACAACAACAACAACAACAACAACUUCAACAACAGCAACAUCAUCAUCAUCAACAACAACAACAACAACCUGGAAAUAAUGGCUACCAGACAUCAAGCAUGCAAGGAGCACCAGAGGAGCUUAAACCAAUGCAGGGAGUCCCUCCAUACCCUAUACCCCCUGGAGGGAGACUUCAACCUUCCAUGUCUGACACCAAUCUGUCUAAUGCAGGGCUUCAGUACUAUCAGAGGACUGACCCUGGGGACUUGGCUGUGGAUCUGAGCACCAUGAAUCAAACCUACGAAGGAGGAUAUCUUGGCAUGGGUGCGCAGUAUGGAUCCUACACAGACUUGCGUCAUGAAGGAGAUGUUACAGGUCCUCCCUUACCCCUGCGAAGAUACGGCUCCAUGUCCAACAUCAACCAAGACUACGGCUAUGGUCAGGCAGGUUUACCGGACGCCAACCUGGCACAGUAUAGUGCCACCACUGCCAGGGAGAUCAGCCGAAUGUGUGCAGCUCUGAACUCUAUGGAUCAAUUUGGUCAACGGUACAGCAACCCUGACAUGAUGCCGUAUGGUGCUGGAAGAGGAGCAGGCCCUGCAGCCAGGCUCAACCUACAGCAAAGUUUAGCAUCAAUCCGAGCCAACCUACUCUAUGCCCCUGACGGCAGGCCCACAGCACACGGCCAAGCCCUAACCAAUCUGAUCAAUGCCAGACAAGCAAGCAUACGGGCCUUAUAUCCAUCUGCAAUGAGAGGAGCUGAUGGCAUGACAUACUCCACCAUCAACAGCCCAAUAGCCUCUACCUUGCCAAUAACCACCCAACCUUCCUCUGUUCUGCGACCCAUGCCACGAGGAAUAUACCGACCUUACCCUGCAGGCGUGACUGCUGUACCACUGGCUAGCCUCACUAGGUUGCCUCAUGUGACCCCAAGGAUGCCUUUGUCUACACAGGGACCUUACGGUUACGCUUCUCCCAACCAGUUUCCUACAACAGCGGGUGUUCCUGGAAAUGUACCUGACACAAGCACCUCCACCCAGGAAGCACCUGUCUACCUUGGGAAGCCUUUGGAAACCGUCACUGUGCACACAGCUGCAACUUUACCACCAGCCCACCCGGUUUCUCAUAUGGGUGGACAGAUUGUACAAACUACUGCAAUGGCAAUUCAGUCUGCAAACCAACAGACCCCCCAAACUCAUAUCCAAGUGCAGAAAGUUACGACACACCCCCUUACACAAACUCAAAUGCAAGCCCAAAUACAGCAACAAAUGCAGUCCCAAAUACAGCAACAAAUUCAAACUCAAAUGCAACAAAUACCAACUCAAACUCAAGCUUUAUCCCUGACUCAAACCCAGUCCCAGCUAAUAACUCAGCCUCAGCCCCAGGCUCUAGUGCAGCACCAGACUCAGCUGCAGCCCCAGACCACACUCCAGGCUGCAGCAACCAGCACCACCAUUGCUACUUCCGUAGACCCAGAGCUAGAAAAGGUAGAAGAGCGUUUGAGACAGCAGCAAGAGCAGAUGCUGCAGAUGGAGCGAGAGCGUGUGGAGCUGGAGAAACUUCGGCAAAUGCGCCUGCAUGAGGAACUGGAGAGAGACCGCAUGGAGCUCCAGAGGCACAGGGAGAAAGAACAGAUGUUGGUGCAGCGCGAGAUUCAGGAGCUGCAGACCAUCAAACAGCAAGUCCUGCAUCAGCAGCAAUCGGAAAGGGAGACCCAGCUGGUCAUGCAGAGGGAACAGCUAGCCCAGCAGAGGAUGCAACUGGACCAGAUCCAGUCGCUGCAGCAACAGCUCCAGCAGCAGUUGGAGGAGCAGAAGAGGCAGAAGACUGCAGUGGUGGAGGCAGCAGCUGCAGCCGCAGCAGCCGAGGCAGCUGCUGCAUCGGCAGCAGCAGCUGCUACAGCCACUACUGCUCAAGGGUUAGUAGUUGGAGGAGGAACCCCACAAGGUUUCAUCAUCUGUGACCAGAGUGGUAGGGUGAUUCAACAGGAGGGCCAAAGUGUGCAGUUCUGGCAACCUCACAUGGAAGGGCAGGUGGUCCAAACAGUGGUGACCCCAAGGCCUAUACCUAGCUCUGCCUCUGAGAUGUCCUUCAGAAAUAGUGAGGAUCAGGCGGAGUCCAGGGUCAUGAAGAAGCGGAACUCCAUGCCUCGUCUUAGGGACGAAGCAGAGGAGGAGCCAGUGAGGAGGAUUGCAGAUAGCUGCGUGCAGACGGAUGAUGAAGAUGGUGAGGACAGGUAUAUGAACCGUAGGGGCAGGAGAACCAGGCGCAUCGCUGACUGCAGCGUCCAGACAGAUGACGAGGAUCAAGCAGAGUGGGAGCAACCGGUCAGGCGCAGGAGGUCACGCUUCUCCAAGCACUCAGACUCUAGUGCGGAGGUCAAAUCCGACGGAAUCUCCAAAGUGUCCUCCUCUAGCAUAGCCAUUCAGACCACCAACGACUCCUCAUGCCAGACUGAGACAGACCAGUUGGGCAGGGUCUCACCUGCAAUCCACAUCACUGCGGCUGAGACAAACAAGGUGGAGCUACUACACUACAUCUCUGCUCCUGAGAGAACCCAUAAGGGUGAGAGCUUGGCCUGUCAGACCGAACCAGAGGUCCAGUCUCAGGGGGUGGUGGCCCCUCAGCUCAGUGUCCCCACCACCAUCAGCCCAUACUCCACCACCAUGCAGAUGGUAGGCUCCACCCCAUCUCCUCCCCAAGGAGUGGCCAAGUUUGAAAGGAGGAAACCGGAUCCUCUGGAUAUCGGCUACCAAGGCCAGCAGCAGAACGAGUCCCCAUCUCGCCAGCCUCCCAAGUCUCCUCAGGUGCUGUACUCCCCUGUGUCCCCACUGUCACCCCAUCGGAUGCUGGAGACCACCUUCACCUCCCAGGAGAAACUCAACAAGGCGCACGUCACACCCCAGCAGAAAGCCUUCACUGCCGAGUCCCCUCAGCGUCAUCAGAGCCUCCCCAGGCCCAUCAAGAGUGUGCAGCGCUCCAUGUCAGACCCCAAACCCCUCAGCCCCACCUCAGAAGACCCUGCCAAGAACAGGUUCUCACCGUAUCAUCAGCAGGCCCUCUCCAACAGUCAGCUCCAGAUGGCCACCCUGCAGCAGCAGCAGAACUCUCUGAUGAGAAAGGUGAAGAGGACCCUGCCUAGCCCUCCUCCAGAAGAAAGCCCUCUCCCCAUCGUCACCCCAGCCAUGUCCCACAUGUACAGCAGCCCCCCGGGGAUGCAGCCCCAGAGGGUGCUGCCAAGGCCUGCCCAGGGAGUCACUAAGGCUGGCCUGCUGAGCGAGCUGAAGGCCGUGGAGCAGGAGUCUACCAAGCUCCGCAAGCAGCAGCAGGAGUUGGAGGAGGAGGAGAAGGAGAUUGACGCCAAGCUGCGGUACCUGGAACUGGGCAUCCAUCAGCGCAAGGAGACCCUGGUGAAGGAGAGGGAGAGGAGGGAGCUGGCCUACAUGCGCUGCAUGGGCGAUGCCCGUGACUACAUGUCGGACACCGAGCUUAACAACCUGAGGAUGGUUGCGGCCACGGGGACAUUCGAUGGUAACGGUCUGCUGACGAGGCCUAGUACGGCGCCUCUGAGCCAGUUCACCAACGACCUCGGCCCGGCCUCCCAGUACCCGCCCACCUCCUCCUACAUGGCCUAUCAGUACGCACAGAGCCAGCCCACGCCCACACAGCAGCCUACCGCUGCUUACCAACAGAUCGGUUUCCAGCCCCCUCAGUACCCAACAGCUGGCCAGCCCCAGCCAGGCACCUUCCAGCCACACCCACCCCAAGGCCCAGGUUACCAGACCCAGCCAGGCUACCCAGCCCACGGGGGCUAUGGCCAGCCAUCCUACCAUACAGACCUGGGCAUGCAGCAGCAUAGCCACCAGGGUUUCCAGCCUCCCAACCCCUCUAUCCCAGGCCAACACCUCCCCUACCCAGGCCAGAGCCCCUAUCCCGGCCAGGGGAUGUCCUAUCAGCCCCAGGCUGAGAUCCUUACUGUCCACCAGAGGCCUCGUCAGACCUCCCUGGCCGACCUGGAACAGAAGCUGCCCACCAACUACGAGGUGAUCAGUAACCCUGCCGUCUCGGUGGCCACAUCAGCUCCAGACACCUGCUUUGGCUCAGUCUAUGCCUCUAACACCAUGCCCAACGCCUACGGGCAGUACCGCCCCCCGGAACCUGUGCUGACCCACGGUGUGGACAGCCCCACAUCAGCCUAUGCUGCAGACGGCCUCUACACCUCCAACCUGGAGCAGAAUAUCCCCAGGAACUACGUCAUGAUUGACGACAUCAGCGAGCUGACCAAAGAGAACACGGGCCCUGCUGUUGAUGCUCUUGGCCAUCCAAUAGGAGGACGUUACGGUGAGAACGGCCCCGUGCGCCAGACUGGCUACGGCAAUGAGCCUGUGGACCCGUACAUGCCUGCAGGCACCACGGGCUACCACCAGCAGGGCGCUGUGGACCCCCGGACCAGCACUACUGGGGGAUCUUCUUAUUACUAUGACGACUAUAAUAAACACCCCAGCACAACACGUCCAGGGGGCCCAGGGCCCCAAAAACACCCAUCCAAGAACCUGGCCCCUGCUGUGGUCUCCUCCGGUAAGCGCAGCAAGCACAGGAAGCAAGGCAUGGAGCAGAAGAUCUCAAAAUUCUCCCCCAUCGAGGAGGCGCGGGACGUGGAGUCUGACCUGGCCUCUUACACCAUGACAACCUCUACCGGCGGCAGCUGCACCGUGGUGUCCCGGUCCGGGGUGAAGAAGAGCGGCUACGACCAGCAGAAGUACUAUGGCGGCCAGCCGGGAAGCCGGGAAGCCCUGGAAGAGGAGGACCGGAUGUACGGCUCGGGGAGAUCCCGGUCGACAGGCUACGGCAUGGACAAGAUCUCCUCCAGGGACUCCUCAGGCUACAGGAGCAAGUCCUACGAGAGGGAUGCCUUGGAGCGGUCUCAGAGAGGCAACCGCGGUGGACGGAACUCAGAGGAGGAGAGCCCCCUCAGCCCCGUGGGGAAGCCUGUGGGGAUCGGACGAGGCGGCACUGGGGUACCAGGGGAUCCCCAUGACGUGAGGAACCAGUAUGGCUCCAGCCACUCCCUGCCGGACGUCCAGGAUCACCACAUGAAGGACCUGCCCAGGAGCCACGUGUACAAACCAGAUGACUCAUACCUUGUAGACGACAUGCACGCAGCUGUGUCGGACAGCGAAGCCUAUCAUCUGGGUCAGGAGGAGACGGACUGGUUUGAGAAGCCGAGGGAGGCUCGCGCCAACCGCUCCAGACACCACGGGAGUGCAGGCCACAUCUCCACAGGUAGACAACAGACCGGCGCCAACGUGAAGCACACCUACCAUGACUACGACGAGCCCCCCGAGGAGCAGGACCUGUGGCCUCAAGAUGAGUACAACAACCAACCUCGCCACCCCUCGUCCACCUCAUCAUCCCGUGACCACCGUGGUUACCAUGGCAGUAGCGGCGGCAGUUCGGGGAGGCACUCAUCUUCCCGCCACUCUGGCGAGGAGCCCCGGUCGUCCAGCCGCUCCUCCAGAACACACCCCAAAGACCCAUCCGCCCGCUCUGAGGCCCGUGGAUCCUCCUCCACCCAGAAGAGGGGAGGCUCGGAACCCCGUUCCUCCCGGGAGGGCUACCGGGAUCGGGACUCUGGGGACUACUCCUCCCGUGAUCCGGCCUCUGGACACCACCGUGAGGGCACCGGGGGCAGGGGUCAGAGGCCGCCGGGCUCGUCUUCCAGGAGACAGGAGGGGGUGCCCUCUGCAGGGGCCAAGCAGGGCCUGGGGCAGCAACCCCAGGGUGGUCCAGGGGGGCCCCAGCAGCAGGGGCAGCGUUCCAGUGGGCAGUCCCAGUCAGGCAGACAGCCUGGGUCCCAGGGGCCAGACGGGGGACAGCCAGCCCAGCAGCCUGGCCAGCAGCAGCAACGCACCCAGCAGCAGCAGCAGCAGCCCCUGCAGCAGAGCCAGCUUCCUCAGACCACUGCUGGUGGGCCUCAGGCCAAUCCAGGGACCGCAGGGCCAGGUCCCAUGGCAGGACCAGGGACAGGACCAGGGACAGGACCAGGUACAGGACCAGGGGCAGGACCAGGAGUGGCACAGCACCAGGAUAAACCUGUCCAGACUCCGGCACAAGGCCGGCAGCCAGCUGGACCCGCCACAGGCCAGUCACCAACCACAGUCGUGACCCCUGCUACACCUGCAGCAGCCAUUGGGGGGGUGAAACCUGCAGCAGCGAUUGGAGGGGCAGCAGCAGCACAGCCUCCCAAGACAGUCACACCCCCCCUCACAGGCAUUGGCUCUAAAGCAGCCCCUCCUGGAGGGAUAGGUAGCAGGCCUGGAGGGAUAGGUGGGAUCGGCAGUGCAGCGGCAGGCCAGCCUCCAGCGGACGGGGGAAACGUUCUCACCAAUAUCCUGGGAGGGGCGGGAGGGGCUGCCGAGCAGGCAGGGAAACUGGGUGAUGCUAUUUCUGGCCUCGGCAAGAAGUUCACUUCGUUUUGGUGAACGGAAGAGAGGAGGGGUAUGAGGACUUGAGAUGGAGAGGGAUUGGAGGCUUGGUACUGGAAAAACCUAUGAAACUGUUUACGCCAUUUUAUACAUUUCACUAUCACAAGGAAACGGAGGAGGAGGGAAGAGGGAGGGUACCUGAGCGCAUCAGGCUGGAAUCAAAGGAUGCCUGGUCAGCACUGAACUCCCCAGACAUGAGCACACAACAUGAUCAGAAUUAGAAUGGGUAGAUGCUUUGUCAGCACUGGCUGGGAUCUCCAGACAUGAGCAGAGGAUGGAGGAGAGGACGAAGUGGAUGGAUAUCAGGGGGUCCCAAGCAUGAGCAAACUAUUUAAGAGAGACUUCUGCUGCUGCCUCUGCUGGCUAUACACCAACAGAAUGCCAGGGAGAGCCUGCCUCACAGCUCCCGUAAGAGAGUGAAUCAGACAGAUCGAAUCCUCACCUCCCUAUCGGUUGUCUGCUUACUGAGAGAUAUAACUCCGGAUCCAGGUACAGGACAGGGAGCUGUCACACACCUUAGUCUUGGCUUCAGCAUCUCUCAGCUCAGGGGGACAGCAAUGGAGGAUGCUGUUUUUUCAUCUGAAUGUCUUGUAUCACUCGCUGAGGUUCUCCUGUUGGAAAACCAGGCCAGAUGGGAGCGAUUGUAGUUGAGGGAAGCUUCAUAGUGCCCUCUACAGGGCAUUGAGGGGAAGUCACUCUGUCUGAGGAGUCCACAUCUGACCACAAUCUACUCGGGUCCCAAAUGUCCCAAAUGACACCCUAUUCCCUAUUUAGUGCACUACUUUCGACCAGGGUCCUUUGGGCUCUGGUCAAAAGUAGUGUAUUAUAUAGGAAAUAUAUAGGAAAUAGGGGACCAUUUGGGAUGCAGAGUCUGUCUGAGGAGUCCACAUCUGACCAGAAUCCUUCAUGACCCCACGCUUUUGUGCCCAAAGGGCCUUUUUUAUUUUUUACAGCAUCACCAUUAUAACGCAAUGGAGGAGGUCGACAGAGGUACACAGCUCAUAGGUUUUACUAGUACCAAAGAGACUUCUUCGCUAACUAUGACACUCAAACUACUACACUGGAGGAGGCAAGACGUUACUACGGCGACAGACAAAACAAACAAACAAUUGCCUGUUAUUAAACCCUUGAAUGCUUGGUUUCUCUGAUCUCUACAUUCCAGUAUAGGGAACGAUGACCCUUUCUUUGAAUGUGUUUUAAUUUCUCGUCCACCUGUUGUGAUGAUAUGAUGUCUCCAGAAUGCAACAUGUACAUUGUGGACAUGGGAAUGCACGCACAAUAAUAAUAAUCGAAUAGAAACCCAUAUCUUCUCAAUACUUUUCCCACCACCGUGUCCAGAAGAGGGUCCACUAGACAUUACUCGACGAGUAGGAUCACGAGAGGUGGAGGAGCAACCAGUGGUGCCCCACCAAUGAGAGUGUGAGAUCUACACAGAAGAGAGAACCAAACGGAGCGCAAGUAAGCGUGGCCACGGCUGUUUCUUUUGUUGUUGUUUGUUAGCCAUCACAAAGCCAUCAGUUGUCAAUCCCAGAGCACUUUGGGACAUUGUUGUCGUUUCCUUUCUUUUCUAUGAUCUAUUUGUUGAUUUAUUUUCAUCUUGUUUAGUUUCUUAUCAUUUCUGCCUGGUAUUUUUUUGGGGGGAAAAGAAGAGCCUUAUUCGGUCCAUAUUUUUUACUUGUAUACCUCAUAUGUUUUGAAAUGUCCAUAUCAUUCCUUUCUUAAUGUAUUUUUUUUGCACAAAUGUAUACUACUGUAUGUAUAUACAUCUAGCUAGAACACUGAUAAUGUAAAUGAUUAAUUUGUGUAUUUAUUCAUUUAUAUUUAUGUGACUUCUGUAUUUUUUUGUUUCAUGUUUUUCUUUGGUAAAUCUAUUUAUAUUUGAAUGGUCUAUGGUUUUCUUAUUAAUUAUCUCGUGUUUGAAUAAUUUGCUGGUUGAUUUUUAAAAGCAAUAGCAUGCAGAAAACGUUAUACAGCACAAUGGUGUUAAUGUUGUUUAAAUUCGUGCUUGGGGAUAUCUGAGACAUGUUGAAUAACAUCAGUAAACGUGUCUGGGAGAGUUGCAUAACCACACAUACACACCUAAAUCUCUGCAUUUACGCUAACGCGCACAUACACACGCGCACACACACACACACACACACACACACACACACACACACACACACACACACACACACACACACACACACACACACACACACACACACAGACAGGAUUGGUUGGAAGCAAUCAUCAUUUAAAAUGUUCUAUGCAAUGAUUCAUUUUGAAACUGGAAAAGACUCCAAAAAAGUUUGAUAUCAUGAUGACCAAUGUUACUCACACGACUCCCAACAUCAUUGUGAACUGAAAAACGUCAGAAAACGGUUAUGAACAUGUUUGUACUUGUAUGUAUGGAUCUUAAUAUUGAACUAUUGAAUCUAGACUUGUUUUUAUUUUUGUGGCAUGUUUAAUAGUACCCCAUCACUCCCCAUACGGGGGACUUGUUGCCAAAGGGUUAACUGUAUAGACUGUCAGUCAUGAAUGUCCAACAUCUUGUUGCUAGAAGCAUGGGUUUGCUUGGCUUCGUCCGGCUGUUUGUAUGACCUCAUUAAGUCUUGGUGUGUGUGUGGCUUGACCAGGUUUCCACUGUGCCGUGGCGUGUUCGGCUUACAGUGACUGUCCAAUCCGUGCUGCUAUACAAACCUGUGAUGCAGUUGGUCAAGAUAUUCUCCAUGUAAAAUGUAAUUGUGCGUAUUACGGUCGGUGUAUAAUCUGAAGGGUUGGUGGGAGGGGG